AUGUCUGACUGUGAACGGCAAAAGAAUCAAUCUCUAAACUCUAACCAACAAUUAUUAUCUUGGGCUGAUAUUGGACAAGAAAAUCUCAUUGAUAAAUUUGAUCAAUCUCGGAAGGAAAUUGACGAUUUAAUAGGAGAAUUCAAGGACACUCAAAGACAUUGGAGUGAAGCACAUGAUCGAGCGGUUGAAUCCACUCGUCUCUAUUUUCGUUAUUUUCUUUGGGGAUUAUUUUGCGUGAUCUUUAUUCUCCUCACAGCUGCCUUUUCUAUUGGAGCCUAUUAUUUGAUUCAACAUCUUCGAAAA